UAAAUAUGUGCUCUUAAACAAACUUAUAUAUAAUUAACACAAUGAAACCCAAUCCCCCUUUUGCUUAUAGCCUUAUACACACUUUAAUAAAUAUUCUAUAGUUUGUCCGUUGAAAUCCAUAACUAAGAUUGUAGAUACGUAAAUUCCUUAAUUCUCUCCCAUAAUAAGAACAAACGUUCAGUCCAUUUGGAACUUUGUCCCUUCUUGGGUCUAUCUGGCAUCUUCGAGCAGAACCAUUUGAAGAAACCAAGGCAACAUUUGCAACAAGUGAAUCUUCCUUUUGCUACUUCAGUUUUUGAGACAGAUAUCUGGGUCUAAUUCAAGUUUGUUCGUUUAUGAAUUAAUUAUGGGAGACAAAUUUGGACAGCUAAAAGUGACUGUUGUAAAAGGCAGGCGUUUGGUGAUUCGGGACUUCAACAGCAGUGAUCCUUAUGUCAUUCUCAAGCUGGGUAAUCAGACUGCAAAAACCAAGGUCAUACAUAGCUGCCUUAAUCCUGUUUGGAACGAAGAAUUUGAUUUCUCCUUUUCAGAACCUGCUGAGGUUCUCAAAUUGCAAGUGUUUGAUAAAGACCGUUUCAAGGCCGAUGACAAAAUGGGAAAUGCUCAUCUCAGCCUUCAGCCUUUAGUUGCUUCUGCUAGAUUGAGAAAGAUUCUUGGGAUUGCCAGUGAAGGGACAACACUGAGGAAGGUUAUCCCAGAGAGCGAUAACUGUCUAGCAGCAGACAGCAGUAUCAAUUGGGUGAAUGGUGAGGUUGUGCAAGAUGUUUGGUUGAGGCUCUGUGAGGUGGAGUCUGGGGAUAUAGAAUUGAAGAUCAAAUUGAUCAAUCUUCCCUCUGCAGCUCCCUCCAAGUAAGACAACGAUUGAUCUGUUGAAGUUAGGGUUGUUUGAGCUGUAGAAAAGAUACUUUCUUGUUGUAGCUGGAAAGAGAUGUCAAAGAUUUAGCAUGUGUUUAGUGUGUGGUAUGUCCAGUAGCAGAGCCAGAGCUUGUAGCUUCUGUUGGAACUCAAAUGUCCAUAUCUGUAGAAUGUACUCGAGAACUAGUUGUGCUCAAGCUAACUCUUCGUCAGAACGUUACUUCUCCUAGUCCUUUACAAUAGCUAACGGCAGCCAGAUGGAAUCAAAUCCAUUUCUGUGUG